ACUGUCGUCUCUCUUUAUCUCGAACGAUACAUAGAGAGAGUGCGACGGUCGCUUCUCCUGGUCCUCCUCUGAGGACUGGUCUGUUCUUCUAGGGUUCUGUCUCUCGCUCCCUCUCUCUCUCUCUUUCUCCGCCUUGGUUGGUGUUCGCCCCUGCUGCAGAGAUGGCCGGCAACAAGGCGAUCACCUUGGAGGAUAUCAAGAACGAAACCGUCGAUCUUGAACGGAUACCGAUCGAGGAGGUGUUCGAGGAGCUGAAAUGUACCAAACAAGGCCUAUCGUCGGAGGAAGGAGCCAGCCGGCUCCAAAUCUUCGGCCCCAACAAGCUCGAAGAGAAAAAGGAGAGCAAGAUUCUCAAGUUCUUGGGCUUCAUGUGGAAUCCUCUAUCGUGGGUCAUGGAGAUGGCCGCUGUCAUGGCCAUCGCGUUGGCCAACGGCGACAAUAAGGAUCCGGACUGGCAAGACUUCGUCGGCAUCAUCGUUCUCCUCGUCAUCAACUCCACCAUAAGCUUCAUCGAAGAAAACAAUGCUGGUAACGCCGCCGCUGCGCUGAUGGCCGGUCUCGCUCCCAAGACCAAGGUUCUUAGAGAUGGCCGCUGGAGCGAGCAGGACGCAGCAAUUCUUGUGCCAGGUGAUAUUAUCAGCAUCAAACUCGGAGAUAUCGUCCCUGCUGAUGCGCGGCUGCUCGAAGGUGAUCCGCUGAAGAUUGAUCAGUCUGCCUUGACUGGUGAAUCCCUCCCAGUCACCAAGAAUCCCGGAGACGAAGUGUUCUCUGGCUCGACCUGCAAGCAGGGUGAGAUCGAGGCUGUCGUCAUCGCGACCGGCGUCCACACCUUCUUCGGGAAGGCAGCCCAUCUGGUGGACAGCACGAACCAAGUCGGGCACUUCCAGAAGGUCCUGACAGCCAUCGGUAACUUCUGCAUCUGCUCCAUUGCGAUCGGCAUGAUCGUGGAGAUCAUAGUCAUGUACCCAAUUCAGCACAGGAGAUACAGGAAUGGGAUCGACAACCUGCUGGUCCUCUUGAUCGGAGGCAUCCCGAUUGCCAUGCCCACCGUUCUGUCGGUGACCAUGGCUAUCGGGUCGCACAGGUUAUCCGAACAAGGCGCUAUCACGAAGAGAAUGACUGCCAUAGAGGAGAUGGCUGGCAUGGACGUUUUGUGCAGUGACAAAACUGGGACGCUGACCCUCAACAAGUUGAGCGUCGACAAUAAUCUGAUCGAGGUGUUCACAAAGGGUAUGUUUAAGGAUCAUGUAAUCCUAUUAGCUGCUAGAGCAUCAAGAACAGAGAAUCAAGACGCUAUCGAUGCUGCCAUGGUGGGGAUGCUUGCGGACCCAAAGGAGGCAAGAGCUGGUAUCAGGGAAGUACAUUUUCUCCCCUUCAACCCUGUCGACAAAAGAACUGCUCUUACCUACAUUGAUGCUGAUGACAAUUGGCAUCGUGUAAGUAAAGGUGCACCGGAGCAGAUUUUGAACCUUUGCAACUGCAAAGAAGAUGUCAGGAAUAAGGUUCAUACAGUAAUCGAUAAGUUUGCCGAACGCGGACUUCGAUCUCUAGCCGUUGCAAGACAGGAAGUUCCAGAGAAGUGCAAAGAGAGUGCAGGAACACCAUGGCAAUUUGUGGGUUUGUUACCCCUGUUUGAUCCCCCGAGGCAUGAUAGUGCAGAAACCAUUCGAAGAGCUCUCAACCUUGGUGUCAAUGUGAAAAUGAUCACAGGUAAGUCAACCAUUCCUUUUUCUUCCCUGUUUGCUAUUUUGUUGAUAGGUCAUCUUCUCCUAACAAACAUGCCCAUUUCAGGCGAUCAGCUUUCUAUUGCCAAGGAGACAGGCCGGAGACUUGGAAUGGGAACAAAUAUGUAUCCUUCCUCUUCAUUGCUAGGCCAAAACAAAGAUGCAUCAAUUGCUGCACUUCCUGUUGAUGAACUGAUAGAGAAGGCUGAUGGAUUUGCAGGAGUAUUCCCAGAACACAAAUAUGAGAUUGUGAGGAAGUUACAGGAGAGGAAGCACAUAUGUGGAAUGACCGGAGAUGGAGUCAAUGAUGCCCCUGCUUUAAAGAAGGCUGAUAUUGGUAUUGCGGUUGCUGAUGCAACAGAUGCAGCAAGAAGUGCUUCUGAUAUUGUUCUUACUGAACCUGGUCUUAGCGUCAUCAUCAGUGCUGUCCUUACUAGCAGAGCUAUUUUCCAGAGGAUGAAGAACUAUACUAUCUAUGCUGUCUCUAUCACUAUCCGUAUUGUUCUCGGAUUUAUGCUUAUUGCACUUAUAUGGAAGUUUGACUUCUCACCCUUCAUGGUUUUGAUCAUUGCCAUCCUAAAUGAUGGUACAAUUAUGACAAUUUCAAAGGACCGGGUGAAGCCAUCUCCAUUGCCUGAUAGUUGGAAGUUGAAAGAAAUAUUCGCUACAGGCAUUGUGUUUGGGAGUUAUUUGGCAUUGAUGACUGUUAUUUUCUUCUGGGCCAUGAAAGAUACUCACUUCUUCUCGGAUAUAUUUAAAGUUAGGUCACUUAAAGACAGUGAGGAUGAAAUGAUGGCUGCUUUGUAUCUGCAAGUUAGUAUUGUUAGUCAGGCUCUUAUAUUUGUUACACGAUCACGCAGCUGGUGCUUUGUUGAGCGCCCUGGACUUCUUCUAGUCAGUGCCUUUAUCAUUGCUCAGCUUGUUGCAACAGUCAUAGCUGUCUAUGCUGACUGGGGCUUUGCACGGAUAAAAGGUAUUGGAUGGAGAUGGGCUGGUGUUAUCUGGAUUUACAGCAUUGUUUUCUUCUUCCCUCUGGAUUGGUUCAAAUUUGCUAUCCGCUACAUUCUAAGUGGAAAGGCUUGGGAUAACCUUCUCCAGAAUAAGACUGCUUUCACUACCAAGAAAGAUUAUGGUAAGGAAGAAAGGGAAGCUCAGUGGGCUAUGGCACAACGAACUCUUCAUGGACUUCAACCCCCUGAAACCACCAAUCUUUUCUCCGACAAGAGUAGCUACAGGGAACUAUCAGAAAUUGCUGAACAAGCCAAAAGGCGCGCUGAAAUCGCAAGGCUCCGCGAACUGCACACUCUGAAGGGACACGUCGAGUCAGUGGUCAAGCUUAAAGGGCUCGACAUCGACACCAUCCAGCAGCAUUACACCGUAUGACAUCCAGCAUGUGAAGAAGUCUCAUAUGAAGCAAAAUCGAUGGAAAGUGAUGGUGUUGAAGAUGAAGCCAUUUCUGAUUUUAACCGAGUAGCAUCCUAGUGUCUUCUAGUUCUGUGUCGUGCCAUAUUCAUUUUAAUGCUUCUUUUCUGUCUCAUAAUAAUGCCAACUUGCUAUUUUUAUCUACCGUGAAUUUUUGUGUUUGUGAUUGAUCAUUCGCUAUUCAUUGAUCUUCAAGGCAGUUGGAUGUUGUUGUUAUUCCACUUCCAGUUUCAUUUGUUCCA